CUGACUUACCCGCUGAGCCACCGGCCGUGAUCUGGUGAGAAGCCUCCUGCAAAAAGCCGCCCGGCUUCCUGGACAUCUUCACCUGCGCCUGGGAAGCAGCAGAGCGGGACUUUUCAUACCAGCUGUCUUCAUAGAUUGAUCUGAACUUGCUUUGGGUGCUUAUAGACUUUUGAUUUUCUGGGCUAAAGAUUGAAGGGGUCCCUUUGCAGGAUUGGGCCCUAACUGAAUGAGCUAAUCCAAAAGUAAAUGAGGAACUUAGAAAAAGGUUGCCAACUCCAAAUCAACAGUUAUACAGAAUCAAAAAAGAAGAAGCUUACAGCUUCAUUUGAGGACUUUUGUAAGGCACUCACUGUUCUAGCUCUACAAUCUUGGAGCAAAAACCAGAGUGAGUGCCAGAUCAAACAAGUUCAGAAGUACAAAUGGAGGACUGGUCAAAAGAAAUCUGUAGUCUGGAACAGCAAAGAGAAGACUUUUGUCCGAAAUUUCAGCUUUAUCCAAGUUCUUCAAGAAGCCUACGACCACAACAUGAAUUAGUCAUCCAAGGCAAUGUUGAAGCAAUGAAGCUGUCAGAUUUGCCAACAGCCACCUCACUCAGUGUUCAGAGUGCUAGCACCCAGAAUGUGUGUCUAGAUCAUGUUAUUGCCCCUUGUACUGCUGAAGAAUCAAGUAUUACAGAAAAACAAGGUAGAAUGCUCUCUGACCUCAUGACUUCUUGGAAGGAGACUGGAGACCUAGAUAAAGAGAUGAAUAUUGCAUUCCUUUUAAAAGAAUUGGAUGUUGUAAGGGCAAAGAAUAAAAAGCUUCAGGAUAAGCUGUCUGAAAAAGACAAGGAGCUGAAGACAAUAAAGCUGGACUUAGAACUGCAAGAGAGAGCUACAGAAGCUAAGAUUGCGGAAAAGACUGCAGCACUCGUGGAAGAAGUUUAUACAGCUCAACGAGAACGUGAUGAAGCUGUCAUGGCUAGACUUAGGUUAGCCAAUGAAGAGCGAGAUGAAGCACUUCUUCGAGCCAAGGAUUUGGAGCAGUCCCUUAAAGAGCUAGAAAAUAUUAACCCUGAAGAAAAUGACAUGACAUUACAGGAAUUACUGAACAGAAUAAACAAUGCAGACACAGGGAUAGCUAUACAGAAGAAUGGAGCUAUAAUUGUGGAUCGAAUACACAGGACCAAGGAGCGUAGAAAGAAAAUAACAGCUGAGGAAAUGAAUGCAGUGAUAGAAGAACGGGAUGCUGCUUUGUCUCAAUGCAAACGGCUGGAGCAGGAGCUUCAUCAUCUGAAAGAGCAGAACCAGACUUCAGCAAACAACACGAGACAUCUGACUGCUGAAAACAAUCAAGAACGUGCUCUGAAGGCAAAGUUGCUAGCUAUGCAACAAGAGCGAGAGACUGCUGUUCAACAGAAUAAAAACCUAGAAGAAGAAAUUCAGACGCUACGUGUUUAUUACAGUUUACACAAAUCUCUGUCCCAAGAAGUGAGUCUUAAGGAUCAGUUUAACUGUACUCUUAGUACAUAUGAAGAUGCACUGAAAAGCAGCGAGGAUAUUGUAACCAUCACACAUCGCCAAAAUGAGCAGCUAGCUACCCAACUGCAGCAAGCCCUAACAGAGCGAACAGACAUGGAAUUAAAGCUUCAGCAAGCUUUAGAAGCUUCACAAGAGGCCAACGAAAAAGUUCAAACAGUUCAUGGAAGUCACGGAGCUGAUACCACGGAGUUCAUGGAAGACUCUGGAGCUGAUACCCUGGCAGGGUUCCAGCGACAGGCAGCAACAGGGGCACCCUGCAAGGUUCCAGCGACAGGUUGGAAAGACUGGUGGACGUCCUGAGGAAGAAGAUUGGAGCAGGGACCAUUAGGACUGUGAUCUGACUGAAAGCGCCAGCCUAGGGAAGUAUUCACAUCUGGUGACCAGGCUGCUUCAUUCAGCACUAUGUAAACACUAAAGCCUUAACUUAGCAAACAGUUGUUAGAAGUGGGACACUCCAAUGACAUUCCAGACUGAGAUAAAAUCAAAUCAUAAAUGUUUAACCACUUCGCUGCUGAGUUGUGUUAUUUGUCAAACUGUAUCUCUGCAAACAUGUAUUUGCUUUAAGCAGCUGUAUUGUGGUAUGGUCAGUGAGUAUUGUGGAAAUCAUUUGUGUGCUGUUUUAACAGUAGUCUCUUCUCUCAGUUAACAUUGUCGGACUGCAAUGUGCUGAAAGGCAUAGUCUGGUCAUGUUGUUACAUACGGCCUGCUUCAGGGGCCAGUCCUACAAAGCACAGUCUCAAAAUGUAAAUCUACUGUGCUAUUUAUCAGUCCGCAAACAAUUGAAUAUUUUAAUGUUGAAUGUAUUUCUUAAUUGAUAAUAGAAGUUCAGAUUCAAUGUUCUAUGUAUAUUAAUAUCAUGGAGAUGUUUUCCUUCUGAUGCACACUCAUAAUCCCUCCAUAUUGUAGUUUGUUAAUCAGAAUUAUGUAAAUGCAUCAUGGGGAAGGUAUACACAUGGCUUUAAAAAGAAUUUCUAUAGCUAGCACAGAAUCCUACUAUAGAUCAGUUUCAGCUCCUUAUAUACAUGUAUGUACAGUUAGAUUUCACUAAAAGAGUAGAUUCAUUAAAUUGUAAAAACAUAGUUACAUUGAUUAGUGUUGAAGCUGUAGAGAAGAUUAUUCUGAUUGUUAUAUGUCACUCUUCUUCCCUCUCCUGUGAAAGACAAUCUCUGAGGGGUUAAUACUCCACCUUGCUGGGGCAAAGGAACUGCCAUUCACCUCCACUGUGUAAGGCACAGCCUCACCUCUUCUAUAUCAAUCUUCUUGCCUCCUCCUUUGAAAUGGAAGCACUGAACCUUCUGCUCAGCCCCCCUCGUCUGGCUUUUGUGUGUUUAUGCUGUCUUCUCUCUUUAGUGAUUGUUUUUAUAGAUACAAUGAAAGAAGAGAAUAGAAGAAUGAAGGAAAGAAAUCUGCAAUAUGCCGUUUAAUGUGGAGAGUCAGACUCAGGGUCCGUCUUUCUGGUCAGACACUGCAACAUGCAGAAUGCAGAAUACUCUGCAUUCUUUGUCUGCAGACCUAGGCUCCUUUUGGUUUCAGUAUGCCAACUAGGCCACUUGCAGGGGAAGGUACGUUUACCUACAGUUCAUAGUACUUGUUAUGCCCCAGGAGACUCUAUGAGUGAUUCCAAACCACCCACUCUGCCCCAAGACAGACUGUGAUUAUUGCUUCUGAACCUCCAUAGUCAUUAAACCACAGAUGACCCUUUAAUGCUUCCAGACCUGGAAACUGGUAAAACCCUAGAGGAACCAAUGACUGUUGCACCAGGCCCUAGUUCCUCUUGUGCGCAAAGUGAGCCUGUAAUUACUCUCUUGAGGAUGCUGCUCUCACUAGAUUGGAAGCAACUACUAACCUAUUCUAAUAUCCUUACUGUACCCCCAGUGGUGUACUGAGUGGCAUGCCACAUGCUGUGGACACCUCUGUGCCAAUUCUGCUUGAGGGAAAUGGCAAACAAGGAAGGAAGAAGUUUUCGUCCAUGCUUGAGUGACCUAGGUGUCACUUUCACAUUUAUUCAGGUAUAUCUAGAAUUUUCCCCUUGAUUCUCUCUUAAGGGUAGGGCUUCUGAUUUUCAGUUUUAACUGAUAUAGCGCUCUUAGUGCAAAAAAUGAAACUGGUGUUUAUCCAAUGAACAGCAGAAAUGGUUACUUGUAUCAAAGAACUUGCCUACAUGGAGCAAUAAUGUGGACUGUGGGAUGUGAUUUCUAAAGCGCACUAAUGUAUUACACAUUAAUUGGUCCAUGUAGACGUGGCUGGCAUGCACAAAAGGUUCCCUAGUGCGCUAUGACAUAGUGCUGUUUGAAAACAGUACUGUGUUAAAGUUCACUAGGGAACAUUAUAAAGAGAUUAAUCAUUACAGUGUAUGCUACUGUAAUGAGUAAUAUAUAUAAUAUACAUCACUCAUUGCAGUGUAUAUAAAGAGGCAGCCCACAAAAAAAUCUACCCUGAUUUUUGGACAGCUACAUAAAACUAAAAAAAAAAAAAUUGCUAAAAAUAACCCCCCCCCCCAAAUGAAAAACAGAAUCCCUAAUGAAAGAGCUCCUAAUCCUUUACAUGCAGACUUUACAUGAUCAUGCUUCCAUCCUCCCUUUUUAUCCAGGAAAGUAGGAUUGAUCAUACAAGAUCAGAUCAGUAGUCAUUAAGUCAAAUAUACUCUUUCUGGUUGUGGCCAAUAGUUGAUUCUUCAGAGCAAGAUGAUGACCAUCCAUAAUAUAGUUGUGCCAUGUUGUAUAUGAGGGAAAAUUCCUUCCUGACUCUGUGUUACCACUUAUACCAUGAAGCAUGAGAUCAGAUUACCUUUUAGCAUGGAUUUUUCGCACCCUUGUAGUGCAACUACAAAUGACUUUUAUUCAUUGUUAAAUUACCCAUCACUUUUUAAAAAGUCAGCUACAAAUAUUUGUCGUCUUUGGGAAAAUGCUUGUGAAGGCUCAUCUAAACGAGAAGGACCCCUUGAGUUCUAAUCCUGUCCUGCUACUGGCUUGGUGUGUGGCCUUGGGCAAGUCAUUUAGGGCCCGAUUUUUAAGGUAUUUAGGCACCUAAAGAUGCAGAUAGGCACCUAGUGGGAUUUUUCAAAAGUGCCAAGGUAUAGAAUCAUAGAAUAUCAGGAUUGGAAGGGACCUCAGGAGGUCAUCUAGUCCAACCCCCUGCUCAAAGCAGGACCAACCCCCAAUUUAUGCCACGAAUCCCUAAAUGGCCCCCUCAAGGAUUGAACUCACAACCCUGGGUUUAGCAGGCCAAUGCUCAAACCACUGAGCUAUCCCUCCCCCCAAUGGGUAAACUCCCAUUGAAAUAAAUUGAUUUAUUCUCCUGCUCCCAUUGAAAUGAACGGUUAAUCCCCCCAGUGACUUCAGUGGUAUGGGAUCAGGCCUUUAAUCUCUGUAGUGUAGGUGAAUUCCUGGACCCAUUAAAAUCAAGGGGAGUUUUGCCAUUACCUUUAAUGGGGGGCAGGAUUUCACCCUCUUAAGUUUCCCCAUCUGUAAAAUGGAGAUAAUAGUAUUUUGCUUUUGCUUUUCCUCCCAGAAUUGUUGAGCGGAUUGAUUAGUUAAUGUCUGUACAGGUGUAAAAUACUGUAUAACCGCAAAAUAGACAUUAUUUAUUAGUCUCCUAAUUUAUGGGGAAGGAUGAGACUGUGUCAGAUUACAUCCCAGUAGUGAUAGUGCCUUUACCACCAGUUCAGAGUAAGGGCUUGUCUUCCAUAGGCAAAGACUAUGACAAUGGUAAUUACUGGUGUAAGCAGUGUCACCAUUACUUUGAUGUAGCAUAGAGAUAUAUGUACAUUUCAUAUCCCUCCUGAGAUUUUGUGCAUUUCUCUGCGUGAUCAUGCAGCGAAUGACAGCACUGGGAGCCAUUCAUGAUGCAUGCCAUGAUAAAAUAUGUAAAUAGUGUCACGUUGUCUCUGGAUAAGAAUGUUAUUAAUGCUUUUCAGCACUGUAAUUAUAUUCAUAGUAAGCCUUCCCUAAGCCCUCACUAAUUAACAAUAUUGUGACAAGUCAACUUUAACAGAACAGAACUGUGGCCCUUUAGUUAUUCAGUACUGUUUUUCAUUCAACCCACAGCCAAAAUCUCACAGCAUAGUUUUGUACAUUGGUGUCAGGAAAGCUGCUGAUAGUUGAAAAGUUCAUAGCCCACUCAGUAUUGUAGCGGAACCCUAUAGAUGAAAUCAGUUAUAACCCUCUUUAAAUAUAUUCAGCUGAUAGGAAGACUCAUUAGUUAAUUAUUAAUGUAUGAGAAUUUGAAGACAGCUUUUACAAAUAAGCUAUCAUAUUGAAAUAGUUUAAUAAUGUCAAUGUGUUGUCACAGAGACAUUCCAUUUUUUUUCAAAUUAUAGGAUAUUUUAUAAGAUUUUCAUUCACUUUAGUUUCCACAUUAAAAUGGUUUUAUAAAAAAAUCUUAUUAGGUGACCUUGAAUUGUAAUUGCUUUAGUUCACACACAACAAUGAAGUUGCUAUCUAAAUGUAAGUUUCUACAUGCCUUUGUUUUCUUUGUUUAAAAUAAUGCCAUAUGAAAGCUGCUUUUUGGGGGUGCUGUACCCCACGUACCAGCAUAAAACAAUUUACUGUGAGGCAGAGAAAACUCUUGCAACAAAUGAAUGGCAGUUUUUCUGGUACUAUACUUGACAGCGUUGCAGCAUUAUGUGAAGUUCAUCUGGCUUUUAUAAUUACACCAAUUAGCAUAAGGUCUGUGCAAAAUAUUCCUUUUUCUUCCACUGCACUGGUAAAUAAAAAAUGUAUUCACAAAUCCAAGAAACAAAGUGUUUGUCUUGUUUUAGCUUGAUCGUAAGUCAGUUGC